GGGGCUGCUUUGCCGACGUGGCGGCCGCGACAGGCCGCCCCGCGCGGAAGGCGCUGAUGAAGGCGGCCGCCCGGCGCCAUUGCCAUGAAGAGUUCCUGGGGGAGCGGCAGAGGCUUCCCGAGAGAAUGGCCGGGAGGAGCCAGCCCCCAGCCGGAGCCCUGCCCGCCGCGGGCAGCAGCCGAGCCUACCCGUUUGGAAACGGUCUCCAGGCGGACAGCGAGGCGCAGGAGGAGGACGGGGAGGUGUCCGAGCUGCGCCCAAGAGGGAGGGAGAAGGUCCGACGAAGUACCUCGCGAGACCGGCUGGAUGAUAUUGUGCUGCUAACGAAGGACAUCCAGGAAGGCGAGACUUUAAACGCGAUAGCGCUGCAGUAUUGUUGCUCGGUUGCAGACAUCAAGAGGGUUAAUAAUCUUAUCACUGACCAGGAUUUUUUUGCACUGAGAUCUAUCAAAAUUCCAGUGAAGAAGUUCAGUGUAUUGACUGAAACGCAUUGCUCUCCAAAAAGCAAGCAAGUUUCAAGGCCUUUAUCAUCUACUCAGUUUUCCCCAGAAUUCCAAGGAACAUCACCAGCUUCUGAUUCAUUUUCCUGUAAUGAGACUGUAGGCAGCUUCUUGAAAGAAGUGGAUCGCGAUAUAGAACAAAUAGUAAAGUGCAAUGAUACAAAAAGAGAGAAUCUUAAUGAAGUUGUUUCUGCCUUAUCCGCACAGCAGAUAUGCUUUGAACCUGAUGCUAAAACCAAAAAGCGGAAAGAUCCCUAUUACGGAGCAGACUGGGGCAUAGGAUGGUGGACAGCAGUGGUGAUAAUGUUGGUGAUUGGCAUAAUAACUCCAGUUUUUUAUCUCUUAUAUUAUGAGGUUUUAGUGAAAGUUGACGUUAGUCACCAUUCUACAAUGGAAUCUGCCCACUCACUAGUCACAGCACCAUCACAACAAAAACAAAUUGAAAAUGGAAUAAAUCCAGCAAACAUCAUGAACGUUGAGAGUGAGGAGGAACUUCAGCAUUACAAUGGAAAGUCCCAGGAGACUGUUGUUCAUAGACAUCUAACAUAACUUUCACAUGAAGAGGAAAAACAGUAUAGAAUGCGAAAUGCAUCUGGAAUGCAAAGAAUAGAUAUUACUGAUGUAUACAUUCCUUCUUUUUGGGCAGUAUUAAAGUACAAGGAUGCUUUGCUUCCUUUAUUUAAAUAGUUGUGGGAACCUGCCAUAUUUACAUAGGAGAUAAUCCUUCUGUGGGUCAUUUAAACUGUCAAGCAUGUUGACAGAUGACAUUACGAGAUUGUCAUGGUAUAAAUGUGUAUGUAAACAGGUAUUUUUGAAAGGCUUUGCACUUUUUUCUAUUUAAAUAUAACCUGUUUUUUUUUUUUAAUUAAUGAUUGCUGUUAAGGUGCAGUUCUGACAAACAUGAGAUAAAUGAGUACAGUUGAUUAUAAUUUGCUAUGUGAAAGCAUCUGCUUCAGCAUGUUUAAUUUUAAAAAUAAAUAUUGUUUCAUGCUUUA